AUGUCUAAAUCAAUCUCUCGUGUCUCGGCUCUCAUCAAGCAUCAACGAGCAGCUGCUAGAAGGACCUCCCACAUAACCGCACCAUGCCAUCGCAGCGGCUCCACUCAUGCCGGUAAUCACGCACAUUAUGGACCGGAGUACGAAACGCAUGAAGGAUUUGGUAAUUCACUGUUCCUCGCUACUGGAGCGGGAAUCGUCACACUAGCCUUGUAUCACGCUUAUGUCCCCUCGUCACCGGAAAAUGAGCAGUCGCUUCUUACUCGACAUCUGGCGCAGUAUUUCUCCCGCGACCCCGAUGAGCUGAAAAAAAUUGAAGCUCAUAACAUGGCUGUUGUGUUCGACGCUGCCGACAAAGCAUUCUUCAAAGCAUCACUAGAGCGCCCUUCAAUGAGACGCAUGGCCAAUGCAGGUAACUUUGGUAUCGCGUCCCCCUAUGGUGUCGUUCCCGGGACUUCAACUGACUUAUCAGACCUUAGAAUCAAGUCCUAUCGGGAUGACUUCCAAAAAUCAGACGAAGUCUUAAAUUCUAACCACAAGCCUAGUUAA